ACGGGAGCAACAUAUUCCACCAUGAAUAUUGUCAUGCCAUCACAAAAACUUUCUAGUCGGACUAUAUCAGUGGUUGGUUUUUCCGGGGUGAAACAAACUCUGCCUGUUUCCACACCUCUGCACACUGUUGUGGGCAGACAACAAGUGUCACAUCCUUUUGUGUGUUCCCCCUCAUCUCCCGUGAAUUUAUUAGGGAGAGAUUUGUUGAUUGCUCUGGGGGCCACUAUUUUGUGUGGACCUGAUGGACUACUUGUCACUUUUCCUGAUGGAUCUUCCCAUGCCUGCACUGAAGUAUAUACGCAUGGACAAUUUUUGCUCCAACAAUCCGAGGAGCACCUGGCUGAUAUAUACUGGGGUCUUUUACAGCCAGAAGCGACGGACCAUGCUGGGAUUCUGUCCUGUUUUCUGCUUUGGAAACCCUGGAUCCAAGCGCUCGCACCGUAUGGGUCUGCUCCUGAUUUUCCUCAUGUCACUUUGUUUUAUGACCGAGACCAGACUGAAUGGUUCCAGGAGCAGUUCGAGGCGAAUUUGGCCGGUAAAGAUUGGACUGUGUUUUCACAGGACAUUUAUGUGGCACCGGAGGGUGUUGCUGCUGCAGUGAAUCUGACUCAGGAUCAGUUGUUUUGGUAUAAGAUGCACGAUGAAGCGGUUCCACAUAUUUCUUUGGCUCUCCAUCCUGGACAUCAGGCCAUGGAGUUAGGGGGCGUGGUAAAACGCUCUCUUGCAGCUACAGACUGGCAGAAUACUGUUGCUCCUGACCUCUCUUUCUCUCCUUCUACAAACACAUACAAAAUAAAGUGUUCGGCUGUGGACUCUGUGGUUUUGGAACAUGUUCAACUUCCUAGACACCAUGGUAGGGAGCUGACUGAUCAUCCAACUGCGGCUGCAAUGUUGGCUUCUCUCCCGGAGUGUUUAUGGGCUACGGGUCCCACUGAUGUGGGGCUUGUUGAUGUCACACCUGUCACGUUUGAUUUACAACCGGGCCCUCCGAUUUGGAGGUCACAAUAUCCUCAUAAGCAAGCGGCAGAGGAGGGAAUUGCAGAAACUAUUGGGGGUCUUCUGGAGGCAGGUGUGUUAGAACCUUCCACCUCCUCCUGGAACACUCCUAUUUUACCAGUGGAAAAAAAGGGGACAGGCAACUACCGCAUGGCACAUGACCUUAGGGCAAUUAAUUCUGUUUUAUUGACCCCUACGGUGCCAGUACCUAAUCCUCAUGUAGCAUUGACUAACCUAGACCCUUCUCAGACUUGGUUCUCCUGUGUGGACCUUGCUAACGCUUUCUUUUGUCUCCCAUUGGAUGAGGAAUGUAGGGAUGUGUUUUCUUUUACCUACAGGGGUCAGCAGCUGCGAUAUACGCGUCUGCCUCAGGGUUUUGCUCUCUCACCAGGGCUUUUUAAUCAGGUUCUGAAACAGCAGUUAGCGGACUGUUUGUUACCAGACGGUGUAACCCUGGUUCAGUAUGUUGAUGACCUCAUGCUGGCAGCACAGACGUUGGAAUCUUGUAUUGAGGGCACGCGAAGUUUGUUGUUACACCUAGCAGGCAGGGGUUUCAAAGUGAGCAGAUCUAAGCUGCAAAUUGCUAGGAAGCAAGUUUCUUUUUUGGGGCGGAUUAUCACUGGGACAGGCACUCAGAUGUCUGCCAGUCAUAAAUCUGCGAUUCUGAAUCACCCCAAACCAUGUACGGUGAAAGACAUGUUGUCUUUUCUUGGACUGACUGGAUAUAGUAGGAACUAUGUUCCUAACUAUACAGAACUGACGGACCCUUUACGGGCGUUAGUCAGAGAGCAUGGGAUUCGUAAGCUCACCCAUGCUCUGACUUGGACUAUGGAGGCAGAAGAUGCUUUUAUCUCUUUGAAACAACAGUUGGCUGCUGCGGCGCAGCUGGCUAUUCCGGACUAUUCUCUACAAUUCUAUUUGGAUGUUUCUGUAACAGAACUGACAGUGAACGCCGUUCUGUUUCAGAAAAAAGGGGGUGAGAGGAAAAUUCUCCAGUAUGUUAGCGCAAUGCUAGAUCCUAUGGAGAUAAGACAUCCGACAUGUACAAGACAUGCAGCAGGUGUGGGAAAAAUGAUUCAAAAGACAGCACACAUUGUGAUGGGUCAUCCAUUACAGGUUAUGACAUCACACAGUGUGGUAGCAUAUGUGAAUUCACAACAUUUCACAUUGACAACAUUGAGACAACAAAAAUUGAGCAAAAUUCUGGAAUCACCUAAUAUAACCUUUGUACAUAACGGAGUGAAUAUGGCUGACAGGAUGCAGGACGGAGAGCCGCAUAACUGUGAGGAGUUAGUACAAAAGGAAGAAAAAAUAAGACCUGACCUACAAGCUUCUCCUUUGGCUGGUGAAGGUGUGAGAAAUUUUUAUACAGAUGGUUGCUGUUUUCGACAUGAUACAGAUGGACUGAGAGCAGCAUUCGCUGUGGUGGAAGACUUGGGCAGCGAGUUUCACGUUUUGAGGGCGGAAAGACUGCAGGGUGCCCAAUCGGCACAGAGAGCAGAACUCAAAGCCAUGAUUGAAGCUCUGAAAUUAGCUGAGGGAAUGAGGGUAAAUCUAUAUAGUGAUUCAGCCUAUGUAGCGAGUGCCGUCCAUGUGGAACUUCCUCAGUGGCUCAGAGCAGGAUUUAUAACUGCAGCACAAAAGCCCAUAAAACAUGAAACUGAAAUGAAAGAAUUGGCGGAGGCAUUGCUGUUGCCUCAGUCUGUUGCAGUGAUUAAAUGCAAGGGACAUGAUCAGAGCAAGACCAGAGUGGCAGCAGGAAAUGCGGCCGCGGAUGAGGCAGCCAAAGAAGCAGCUGGAUACCUGCCAUCUCUCUUCAUGAUCCUGGCAGGGGAAUUUGUGAAAUAUCAGACGACACAGGAACGUCCCGGCUCACCACCCGUUCCGGGAAUCGACUGGGUGCGCCUGAAAGUCAUCAAAAGGAAAUGGUCUGAACCUCGCUUCACCGGACCAUACCGAGUCGUGGAGAGAACAUCUCAUGCUGUCCGUCUGCAAGGGAAAGGAGACACCUGGUUUCAUUGGAGUCAGUGCACAGCAGCCGAGGAGCCACAGCGUGCGCUCCGAGACGUACAAGAAGAUCUUCGGCUUCAAUCUUCGGAUGAGGAGCAUCGCCAGGCGCUUCCAGGAGGGAGUGUAGCAGGAAUUCCUGCCACGACCACUUCAGGUUCCUGAAAUUCAAGGUUUAAAAGGCUCGGACAGGCAUAAUAAUCCUGUUCCGAAGUCCUUCUAUUGAGGAAAAAGGAGAUUUCAUACCUUCCUUGAAACUCACUGUUAUAUUGGCAUAAUAAUCCAAUUUUCAGUGAGCAACGGCCGCUCAGCUGGAAACCUGAGGUUUCUCACUGAGAAGGAUCAGGCUGCAAGAGGAUCAACAUUGAUACAUUUUUAUUGCGUGUUUUCGUUGUUUUUUUUUUUUGCGAACUCUGAAAAAGGACUUUCGUUUCGU